AUGACACAACCCUGUUCUGUUCAUUCGCGAUUGAGUGCAAUCUGUUUGAACCAAAUCUUUGUUCAUUUGACAAUUAACAACUUAGCAAAUUUAGCACAAGUUUCUAAGAAAUGUGGUCGUUGUGUUAAUGGGAUGGACUUUCUCAAUCUCAGAGAAGAUUUUAUUCCUACCAUCAAAUUUUCUUACACCAAUCUUCGUUCCAUGCAAAUCAUAUCUUAUGAAUCUUUUAUCACUCAAGUCCCUCAAGUGUCCCAAAUCUCGAACUUAAGAAGUUUAGUUUUCGAUGAUACAAAUUGUGUCCCAUAUUCAACACUUCAAACAAUACUUCCGUCGCUCUCUUUAACACGUCUUGCCUUCUGUUUUUUGAAUGAAGUGUCGACACAAAUUACGUCGAGAGAUUACAUUGAUAUCGUUCUUCACACACAGCCAAAAUUAAAGGACUUGGCUAUAUCAAAAGAACUUGUAGUGAACCGAGAGAGUGCUUUUGAUAUCUACACUCGCAACCUUUCCGUGCUGACCGAGUUGACAAAUUUGAAAGUCUUUUCGUACACGCCGGAGUUCAGUUCAUUACCCAAAAUAAAACGGCUCAAUGUCUAUGUCGCCGAUAAUACACUCUUUAACGACACAAUCACGUCGUACACACAAACAACGACUUUGACAAAUUUGGUGUUGCGCGGCGACUUCGACAACUUCAGUGAUAUCUUCCACGUGUCUUCAUUAGCUCAAUUGAGUGUGUUAGAUAUACUGAGAACGGAUAUAACAAAUGAUGCGUUCUUGACUCAACUUGUGAAUUGCAAUAUCAAACAGAUCAAAACAAAUGGAUUUUUUGGGAUCGAUUCGGAAGUGAUGAAAUACGCGACGAAUGGCGAAAAGUUCUAUGUUGACACCGAAAUAUAUUUAAAUAAAGAGAACGCCCCAAUCCCAGAGAAUAUCUUGAAAGAGAUCAGAAGCGAGUUUAAACAACUCAAAAAGAGCUCGAUUAAACCUUUCAUGGUGUCCAUAUUUUCUAAUAACAUACGACUGCAGGCAACUAUAAUAUCGUCGUUCUUCCCACACUGUUACAGUGAUUUCUGUGUGUCAACAAAGCGAUUUGAUUGUGAGAAUUUUAGACUCUUUGAUGAGUAUGAGAAUGUGGUGAGAGACAUUACUUUCAAAAGAGUUAAUGAAUUUGUCCACUUUGACGUAUUACAGACAAUGAACUCAUUGGAGAGUUUAAUGCUGUAUAACGUCAAUGUGGAAAUACCAAUAAGAAAUCUAACGCAAUUGAAAACACUGUGUAUACACAAUGGAAUCGUCCAAGACUUCGAUGGACUGAAUUUGGAACAAAUCCGAUUCUCUAAAGUCCUUGGAGCUUCAGAAGAAAAAGUGUUAGCACUCAACCGAUUACAAGUCUUGUUUUGGUACGGGUCGCCGUUCAAUUUCGAUAUGAUUGAAAACGUGGUGAAGACGACCGCUCUCAGAAUAUUUGUGGAGACACAGAAAGUGCCACAAGAGAGACUAGAACGCCUCAAAAAGCAAAAGGUGUUUGUUCUGUUUGAAGACGAGGAGGUGGAAGAAAGUGAAGAUCAAAGCGAAAGUUCAGAUGACUCGGAUGACGGUGUAAGUGGCGAUGAACAAGGUAUCGAAGACUUCUUGUUGAACUUGGAGUAA